GUGUUGAAGAGGCGGGGUUUGACAUCUCGGGCUCUGAAAACGUCUCUAAUCCAGUAUUUCAGGUGCCGGAGUCGCAGUUUUGCUGCUCACUACCGCCGCGCACCAGCGAGCCGCCGCAGGAGCGCACCGCCUCCCGACAAACCCGGAAUUUAUGGCAAGUGGACAGAGGCGGCUGCUGCAGGUCGAAGUGGACUUACUGAGGGGAAAAAGAAACACCACGAAAAAAAACCACCCCAGAGAGGAACAGGGAGAGAGAGAGAGAUAGGGUGCGAAGUGGCAGCUGCGGCGGGACAACACUUGUGGUCGGGGUUUUCGUCGGCUCUCGCGUCUCCUGCCUGGGAGAAGUGGACUCCGUCGGCUUCGCGGUUGCUCCCUCCCCCGAAACUCAACACAGAAGAAGAAAACAAAAAAACCAAAAACUCCUCCAACUCUACAACUCAACUGUGCGCACGUUCUGUCGUUCCCCUCCGAGUCCCAUAAGCACAGUGAUGGCGACGCAGUGAGAUCACCAGCCCGGUAAACGUCGUGCACACUCAUCCCUCACUGUGUGCUCCAGGCUGUGGAACAUUUUCCUUCAGGACCGAGAGAUGAUGAGGUCAACACGGAGGCAUGCCGGAGAACCAGUUGUCUGGCAGCACGCUUUGCGUCACCUCUCUGUUUGCAAGCAUUUGUCGAGGAGCGCACUCGGAACCUGCUAUGUUUGCUGUCCUGCCUGGAUAAAGCCUCACUGCGAGUGAACGCCUUCAGUCACAGCAGGGACCAUGUGGCAAAAUUUGUUUACGGGAGUUCACCAUCCGUACUGAAGCUGCUUUGAAGCUUUGGGGAGAACCAUCAAGACGACAGGAUGACUGAGGCGUGUUCCUUCGUGGUCAAAGUGCACCUCAUCAGAAGUAUCAGACCGCUGAUCAUCAAAGGCUUCCCAAAACAAAGACUUGGAUUGUAAUUUUUUUGUGCUGAUUUUUUUAAUGCAUGGUAACGAGUUCUAAAUUGAAGAUUCAGUAAAAUAAGCUUCUACAUGAGCUGCAGAAAUGGACUAGAAGCCCAUGUGUAGCAGGACAGCUGUUGCAACCCGCGGAAUAACGUAGCCUCAGACUGUCGGGACUCCCUCCCUCGGGGGCCCAGGGAUCUGAUCCCAGCCCCACCCCACCCCGCCCUGUUAUCUGACCAUCCCACCUGUCCGAAGGCAGACCCUGCUGUCCAAUGGCAUGGGUCAAGUUCUUCAGGAAGCCGGGGGGCAAUCUGGGGAAAUCGUACCAGCCGGGGAGCAUGCUGUCGCUGGCCCCCACCAAGGGACUGCUGAAUGAGCCCGGCCAGAACAGCUGCUUCCUCAACAGUGCGGUGCAGGUACUAUGGCAUCUGGACAUCUUCAGACGCAGCUUGAGGCAGCUACCUGGACACUUCUGCUUAGGAGAGUCGUGCAUUUUUUGUGCGUUAAAGGGCAUUUUCUCCCAGUUCCAGCACAGCCGGGAGCGAGCCCUGCCCUCCGACAACCUGCGUCAUGCCUUGGCAGAGACUUUUAAGGACGAGCACCGCUUCCAGCUGGGCUUCAUGGAUGAUGCCGCAGAGUGCUUUGAAAACAUACUGGAGAGGAUCCACCUGCACAUUGUGCCUGAGGAGACGGACGCCUGCACUUCAAAGUCUUGCAUCACGCAUCAGAAGUUUGCCAUGUCUGUUUACGAGCAGUCUGUGUGCCGUAGCUGUGGGGCGUCAUCCGAUCCACUGCCGUUUACUGAGCUGGUGCAUUAUGUCUCCACCACUGCACUCUGUCAACAGGUGCUUCAGCGGAGAGACGAGUCGUUCGGGGAUCUGUUACAAGCAGCGAGUACAAUAGGGGACCUCCGUAAUUGUCCUAGCAACUGUGGUCAGAGGAUUAAAAUCAGACGUGUCCUCAUGAACUCCCCAGAAAUAGUAACCAUAGGCUUCGUCUGGGACUCUGACCAGUCGGACCUCACUGAGGAUGUUAUCCGCUCACUUGGACCUCAUCUCAGUCUCUCUGCACUCUUCUACAGGGUAACAGAUGAACAUGCCAAAAAGGGAGAGCUGCUGCUUGUGGGGAUGAUCUGCUAUUCCAGCCGCCACUACUGUGCCUUCGCCUUUCACACCAAGUCCUCCAAAUGGGUCUUCUUCGAUGAUGCAACGGUGAAAGAGAUCGGCUCCAGGUGGAAAGAUGUAGUCAGCAAAUGUAUCAAAGGCCACUUCCAGCCUCUGCUCCUCUUUUACGCCAACCCUGACGGGAGUGCCAUCACCGCAGAUGAUGCGUCAAGACAAAACAGCAGCCAGUCCCAAGUGCAAGGCUUUGAUUCUCCAGUGCAAGCUCCCAAGAAACUGGACCUCACCAGGGAAAAUCUGAACGCUCUUUUGGGCCAAGACUCCUUCAAACAGAAAACCCCUUCGACCUUCAGCAGGGGCAGCGCUCAGAACAGCGCAGGACGGGGACCAGUGAAAAUUGGCACCAGCGAUCCCAAGAGUCGCCUCAGGGAGAUUUCUCGAGAAGUUGCCCAGCGAGCAGGAGAGGUGCUGGCGAUGCAUCCGUCCAGAAGAGAGCCCGACAGGAGCAGCAAAGGGAGGCUGGAGGCGCGUUACAGAGAUCCGGGCCAGGACAGGACCUACUCCCGCUCCGUCUCCCCUCCAGAGAAUGGCUUCAAGCAACACCUGGAGACCCGACUGUACAGCAGCCAAGGAAAAGGUCCCACUCGGACUGAGCGAACGCCCCACUUUGGGGGGCGCUCCUCCCACGAACCCUCUCGCGCUCAUUCCAGAGUCCAAGUGCUGCCCAGUGUGCCCAGUGGCCAUCACAGCCGAAAGACAGACCAGACCUCCAAUGGAUACGAUACUGACAGCAGCCAGGACUCCCGAGAUCGUCCCGGAAGUGGAGGGAACAGUCGCAGCCGGUCUAGCCGCCCGUGGAAGCCCAUGCGGGAGGCGCUAAAUGUGGACAGUGUUGUAAGAGGCACUGUUGAUGGUACUUCGCUAAGUCAGGAGCGGAGGCAGCACAGUCCCAGGAGAAGACCCAGCAGUCAGUCGCCCUCCCGCGACCGCGAGCAAGACAGAGAGUUUACGUGGGGAGGCCGGGAGGAACGUAAACCCAAGAGCCUGAUGACCAUCUACGAGGACGAGCAGAGGCACGAAACUGGCGGCAGCCGAAGCUCGCUGGACUCGGAUGGCCGGGGCGGCUACAGUGACAAGGACAGGGCGAGGGGCACGGCGACUCUGAAGGUGCGGAGUGACAACUGGAAGAUCCAGCGAACUGAAUCGGGAUAUGAAAGCAGUGACCGACUAAGCAAUGGCUCGGCAAACCUCGACUCACCUGUGGUAGAGAACUUUUCUUCCAAGGACCUGCGACCCAUACCUGAGCUGCAUCUGACGAGGGAUCAGUACCCUGCCAGAAGCAGUGAGGAGUUGAAGGCUGAAAUUCUCUACUCCAGAUAUUCCACUGGUGAACGAGGAAGAAAAUCUCCGGAACUACAAGAUGCAAACAUCCUCUCUGGUGAGCCCAUACAAAGAAGAGGGGCCUUCCGUUACACUCCCGGGAUCUUGGAAAAGAACAGUGGUCUGGACAGCGAACAAGAGGACAAUGUGGAUGGCAGCCCCGUGAGCCCCGUGCCACCUUACUUAGCGAAGACCAGCAGUUCUGAGUGGAACAGCUCAGACGACCUUGCUGGACCCUUUUCGGAACAAGAGGAGACUGGCACUGUUGCCGACAUGGACCCUUACUUGCAUAACCACCCCCCUCCUUUACCCUUCAAAACCUUUGGCAACAGCCACGCUGACCCGUCUGGCUUCCACUCCCAACCGCCCGGGGAGCCAACGCGGUUGAGUCCCCGCCACGAACCCAAAAAUGGCUCGUCCCCCCUCUCGCACACCGUCCUCCGCCGGUGGAUUGAGACACCUGCCGAGCACAGGCUUUCGUCCGGCGCCAGCUCCAAGUCGGGGUCGUCAGACCAGGACAGGAACGAUCUGUCGGCCAGCGAGAGCGACGAGAGGCUGCCCAGCCCAAAGCCCGGACACGCCGAUGGCACUCACUCCCCUUCUCUGACGGAGAUGGUUCAUCCCACCACUUACUUUUCUGUGGAUAACUGUAUGACAGACACGUACCGGGCGAAAUACCAUAAGAGGCCCGCCUACAUGAAAGCAGAGGACCAUGCGUCAUCGGGGGAGAGUGAUGCCGAAGUGAGGGGGUUGCCCUUGCCAGUUGUUCGUUCAUCAGAACCUUUAAAAAGCCGGUCAGAACCAGGCUAUUCGACCACGAAGACUACUGCAAAGUGGAAUCCAGUGACUCCAAAAGGACUCGAUGAGCAUGGUUUCCUAUGAUUUUUUUACAAAAGCAUCAAACCGACGUCGACUGGAUGCCAAAAGGAGUCGUCCUGCACUAUGAGCUGCUGCUCAGCUCGACUCCUUCAAACUGGGCCUUGAAUUUGCUUAUGAACUGGAACAUAACAGAAAGUUGGACUUGAACUGGGUGCCAAAGAGAUUGUAAAAAGAACGACAGGUGUCCUUAAAAGCCAUUUUGUCACUUUUUUGUGAGUGAAAAAAGAGAUUAUGCACAGUCGACGGCACCAUAAAGGUACAGAAUAAGAAACACGCCCAGAAAUAUUUAGCUGUCGAGUUUUGGGCUGUUGGUGCUCAAAAAAACUAAGGGUUGGGUUAAUGGAGAAUGUAUCACAAAACGUCACUUUACCAUGCAGCAGAUGAAAAGAUUUAUUUUACCUGAAGAAAUAUCCAAUGUCUCGCAAUUCUACUUUUCCCCCCACUCUAUUGAACUAUUCUUUUUCUUUAACUACUCCCAUUUCAGUGUUAUGAGGUGUCUGCCCCGAUUAUGUCUGUUUUUGACAUUUACCUUUCAUUGGGUUGUGAUGAACUCAAGGUUGCAGUAAUAUUCAGUACUUUAUUUUUAGUUUGUAGAUUUUUGGAAAGUAGUUCUACACACCAGGGACUCUUUUGGCACGACUUAAAAAUGGAUCCCAAGGAUCCGUGUUAAUAUGAAGCUCAAGGGACACCCACAUUGGUUUUUUGGCUAAUCAGACCUCUUCUUCUCCUCGUGUAUGUCAAAGUGAGACGGGUCAUAACUUGGAUUUCUUGUUGGUACGUGGUGUUUAAUAACCACCAAAGGUUUUUCUUCUGUCUCACCCUUUGUCACACCUUGAACAGAGGCAUUCUAAGAUAUCAAAAUAACCAGUGUGGGUGUCCAGGGGCUAUAAGGGGAUCAGUAAAUAUUUCAAAUUGAUCGCAUACUGGGUAGAAAGCUAUGUGGCCGCACAUAUUAACUGUGUUUUAUAUGUCUUUACACUGUAUUUCUGGUUUGAUUCUCUCUCUUUUCACACUCCUUACAGUUAUUUCUGUCUUUAGCAAAAUCAACAAAAGUGUGUCUCGCUUCCUUAAGUAUCUUCUAGGAGCAGAAAGUCUGCACUUCUAGGACAUUGACAUGUGAGAAUUGAAAUGCUUAAUUUAGAAAUAGGAUUUUUUUUUAGGUUUAUUAUUGAUAACAUGUUCUACACCUGAGUAGUGGACUAUUUUUGGCCCAAAAUAUUUUAUAUAUAUACAGCAGACUCUAAUGCACAGUGCCUUUUGUAUUUUUCUAUGUCAAGACAAGAGUAAAUUUGGAGCCAUGGUUUGUACAAUUAUUUGACUUAAAAAUAAUUUUUGUAACUUUAAUUUUAUAUUUUAUUGAUUAACAUCUGUUAAAUAAACUAUUUUAUUUAACCACA